AUGGGUCGAGUUCGUACCAAAACCGUCAAAAAGGCAUCACGAGUAGUCAUUGAAAAGUACUAUCCUCGUUUGACUCUGGACUUCCAGACCAACAAAAAGAUCUGCGAUGAAGUCGCCAUCAUCGCCUCAAAACGUUUGAGAAAUAAAAUAGCAGGAUUCACCACCCACUUGAUGAAACGUAUUGCUCGAGGUCCCGUCCGUGGUAUCUCCUUCAAACUUCAAGAAGAAGAACGUGAAAGGAAGGAUAACUAUGUGCCUGAAGUCUCUGCUUUGGCUGUAGACACCAUCGAAAUCGACCAAGACACCUCGGCCCUAUUGAAGGCAUUGAACUUUGAAGGCAUCCAAGGUGUCAACGUGGUUGCACCAGGAUCUCAAAUGGAAGCCAGAAGGGAAUUCGUUCCUGGACAACGACGAGAACCCCGCCCACCACGUCAAGCAUAG